GUUCCUUGUUGUUUGACUUGUUUUUGAUUUUUCGGUGUGGACGUGAAUCAAUGUAUUUCUGACAUAAGUUUAAUUUGGAUUGGAACUAUGGAAAUCACAAGGCAAAAUUUUGCUGAAUCUUUCCCAUCCAUAAAAGAUGCCAUUGAUGAAUGCGAUUAUGUGGCAAUUGACACAGAAUUAACAGGUCUAUAUGAUAAAGUUACUGAUAAUGCCUUUGAUACAAUGGCAGAAAGAUAUGCAAAGCAACGUGAGAACUGUCUUCCGUUUCUUAUAGUACAGUUUGGUAUUAGCACUUUUAAGUAUCACGCAAAGGAAAACAAGUACACUCAUAAGGAUUUUAACAUUUAUAUUUUUCCACGUUCUCACAUCAGAAAAGCUCCUGAUCAUAGAUUUCUAUGUCAGACUUCAAGUUUACAUUUCCUUGCUUCCAAUGGUUUUGAUUUUAAUAAAGUCAUUUAUGAUGGUGUAUCAUAUCUUAAACCCUCUCAAGAAGAAGAAAUUAGAUCCUAUUUGUCAGAAAAGCAUCAGGAUGAACAAAAUGCCUUGUUAACGUCCAAAACUACUUCUAACGCAAAUGGCAAGAAAUCAGUUGAUGUCCCAGAUGAGCAUAAAGAUUUCAUUGCAAAAAUUAACAAGCAGGUAGAUGCAUUCAUCGCCAAUGAAAAUGAGACAGUCAUCAAACUGGAUCCAUGUAGUUCCUAUCUUCGCAAACUAAUAUACGAAACUGUGCAACAAAAGCAUCAGUCGGGUAUUGAAAUGUCAUCCAUGAAGAAUUCAGAUAAUCACAUUUUCAUAACUAUAGUUAAGUGUUCUGAUGAAGAAAAAGCUGCAAAGUUAAAUUCCAAGCAGAUUAUGGAUGUGGAGGAAUUGGAGGCAGCAGUUGGUUUUCGCAAAGUCAUGGAUCUUAUAUCCCAAUCAAAAAAACUGGUAGUUGGGCAUAAUAUGAUCUUGGAUCUCAUGCAUACCAUAAACCAAUUUUAUUUUCCUUUACCUGAGGAUCUUAAAGAAUUCAAACAGAUGGCGCGUGAGUUAUUUCCCCGGAUUGCUGAUACAAAAAUGUUGGCAAGUUCGGAAAAGUUGCGUCCAUUUUUUGAAAGUACACACUUGAUGGAAUUAGGAAGGCAGUUACGGGGAAAAGCAUUUGAUGAGCUAAAAGUUGAAGUUGCAGAUGGCUUUGAAGGAUAUGAAUUAAAUUCUGAGAAAGCUCAUGAAGCUGGUUAUGAUGCAUUCAUGACAGGCUAUUGCUAUGCUGCUUUAACAAAAAAAUUAGGUUCUCUUCAGUCACCUCCUGUUCAACAUGUACCUAUUUCAUCCAAAUUACUUUCACCACUUAUCAAUAGGUUAUUUGUUAUGAAACACUAUGAUAUUUCUACACUAAAUCUUUCUGGUCCUGAUCCUGAACCUGAUCGAGCGAAUGUGUUUUAUGUUAGUUUCCCACCACAAUGGAAAACAGUAGAUCUUGUUGAGCUCUUCCUGCCAUUUGGUAAUAUAUAUGUUAGUUGGCUAAACGAUGUUUCUGCAUUAGUAGCUUUAAGGAACAGAGAUCACAUAAUCAAUGCAAAGACAUGCUUACUUAAAAAAACCAGCAAAGUGUACACUGUCAAGACAUAUGCGGACUAUCAGAAAAUGUGUAUGCCUGCGUCAAACAAAACAUCUGCUGCAGCAUUGAAUAAUGAAUCAGCCCAUAAAAAGAGGAAUUCCAUUAUCACUGCUGAGGAAAUGGAUUUGAUACCUGAAGGAGAUGAAAAUGAAGCAGAUAAAGCUGAUGAUUCAGUAUCAACAAGCCUUGAAAGUAGUAGUGCUCAGAAAUCCAAAGCAAGUCCUUCAACUGCUCCAUCGGCUAAGAGGCUAAGGCAGUGCAAUGAAGACGGUGAGGUGACCUCCACUGCACCUGUAUUUGAAGAAGAAAAUGAUUGGUAAAGGCAGGAAUUCUACUGAAGAAAUGUGGACGCUUCAUAGUUAUUCCAAGUAUCCAGCAUCAUCAGCAGCUCUUUUGAGCACAAGAUCUUUGUGCGAACUUUUAACAUCCUUUGAGAUCAUUCUUUGUAAAUCAUCAGAACUUAUUUGUAAUAAA